AUGGAACCAAUAGACGCUAACGAGUAUUUAAUACAGUUCUUAGGAAGUAUUGAUAAUCUUCCCUCAGAAAUCCAUUAUCACUUCUCUGAACUAUCAAACAAGGAUCAAGAAAUCGAACGAUUGAUGGAAAGAAUUGAACGUCGUAAAAAGCGGUUGUGGAAUUUGUAUGAUGAUCGUCCUAUUGACGAAGACAGCGAUUGCUCUGUCGUUGAAAGCAUUUACGAAGACGAUGAUGGCGUUGAGGAAUCGAAUAGCGAUGAUGAUCAUUGUUUUGACGACGAUCAAGACGGCGAACAAAUUAUAAAGAAACGACGCCGAGUAACACGUGUUGUUACCGAAUUCGAAGAUGAAGAAAUGCUGAAAGAGAAGAUAAUUAAGGAUUAUGUGAGGGCGUCGCAAUUGCAAGACGAGAAGAUCGAGCUUGCCGAGAGGGCUUUCGCAUUGGUUGAGAGGCAUAUUAAACGUCUUGACGAAGAUUUUGAAAGCUUGUUUCCACAGCACAAUCUUCGCGAUUCUUCAGCGUCAACCCCUGCAAGUCCUAGUAGAAUCGAAUCUUCGGCUUUUGCCGCAGCUCAGGGGAUAGUACAUUCAAGUGCUUCUGUCUUAACAAAUUCGACUGUUCGAAAUACAGCACAUUCAGCAUCAACACAUACUUUGGCACAAGCCGCUUCAUCGAAUUUCCCUAAUACGACGUACGAGUAUAAUAAAGGAUCGUAUUAUCCUUCUUCAAGCGCUGAAUCUGAGGAAGUGCAAUUUUCAUUGCCAAUGCUACCCAACCCAUCGAGCUCUUUACCCCGAGCUAAUAAGGCUUCAGCAAGCGGUGCAAAUAAUGGUAGACGUCGAAAACUAAGUAAUGUUCAGGGCAUCACUAAUUCUAAUACCGAAAUUGCGACAAGCGCAAUUAAUAACAAUUACCUCUCUAGAGGUAUUCAUAAGUUAAGAGAAGAACAACUUCCGGGAUCCUCAUCUAUCGCGGAUCCAAAUGUCAUGAGCAAUGCCAACCUUCUGGAUCAGGAUGACUCCGCGGUAUCAUAUGAUAACACUCUAGUUUUAUCAAACUACAUACCGACAGUUGAUCCAAACGAGCCGUUAUAUUGUACCUGUCGUCAAGUGAGUUUUGGGGAAAUGAUCGGUUGCGAUGGUGAGAAUUGUCCUUUUGAGUGGUAUCAUAUUGACUGCGUUGGACUUUCCGCAGUUCCAGAAGGCAGAUGGUACUGUGAUCAUUGUACUGGUAUGUCCAGUCAGAAGAAAAGAAAGAGGGGACGUCCUGCAGCAGGAUCAGUAUCAAAAAAAUCUAAAAAAUCUAAAAAAUCAAAUAUCCUUGAACUAACUGACACUGAAGAAAGUACUCCUAGUUAUAGCCCAUCAUCAUCGCCAUCAAAAACCCCCUCAUUUUCACAAUCGACGCAAUUUUCUCGAAUUAGAGAGAAGAAAUCAAACAAGUCGUCGCAAAUGAAAUCUCAAUAA